AUGAGAAGCGGGCUCCUUAACCUCCGGGCCACCACGACAUCCACGACAUUCAUCCUCAUUGAGAUGUUCAUCGAGCACAAAUAUUCCAUCAUCAGUCCAGCUGCUGAGCAAAGACCUCUUCUCACACGGAGAAGGUGGAUUAAAAAGAGGUGUCAGAGUGUAACUGACAAAAAUCCCCAUUUCGUCUUUGCUCCGUCGUGGGCCGCGGUACAUGAUUUCACUAGCACCGAACCUCUGGUAGAGAUUGGUUUUAGUGACCCCACUUAUGGUGCUUCGAUAGCUCGGAUCUUAUUCUGGUCAGAUCCUGUAAAUAUCAAACACCAAGAACAGGUGAUACCAGCGAAAGAGAAGCCAUGUUCUACCUUCCAAUCCGCCAUGAAGGUGACCUUGACUAUAGGACAGUGCUUCGGAUUGAACCCUGUACAAGGCAUUCGUGGGGAUGAUCCUGCUAAAUUAAGAUUUAAACUGCUAUCAUGGCGGUGUGCAUACACGGGGAUAUCUCUGGUUGGCCAGUUUACCAUGGCCUUCGUAUUGUUCCUCAGCUUGUUCAAAGAAGCCUCUUCUACGGUGGACACUGCAAUGGAACACGGAUUUUCAGAACUACAUGGAAUUUCUAUAGCACUUGACUGCCACCCAGAAAAGCCUUUAUAUGAAACGUUUAUGAGGGAUAGCUUCGCCUGGCUGUUUUUAUAUCUUCCAUACAAUGAUUUUAUUGGAUUCCUUUCUCAUUUUUUCAACAUUCAAUGCACUUUCAAUUGGAACUUUAGCGAUGUGUUCGUUAUUUGUAUGAGCAUGUACUUGACAGCGAGGUUGGAGCAAGUUAAUCAAAGGAUUAUAGCUGCUAAAGAUAAGAACUCACCAUCAUCAUUUUGGAGGACAAUGCGUGAGGACUACAACAGAUCAGUUCACUUAGUGCGACAAGUUGACAAGAUCAUUGGGGGCGUGGUCUUUAUAUCUUUUGCAAGUAACCUCUUCUUCGUCUGCUCACAGCUGCUGCAUACACUCGCAUUCUUCGGCGGCUACGAACACGCUGUUUACUUCGCCUUUUCGUUCCUAUUCCUAGUUGUAAGGUCGCUGACUGUAUCACUAACUGCUUCUAAAGUGCAUGCCGCCAGCAUAGAGCCUGCGCAUGCGUUGUACGAUGUGUCUUCUGCGAAUUAUUGCGUCGAGGUCCACAAACGAGCAGACAGAUUACCUGACGGUAAGCAAUCAGCGCCGCCUAUGGACACGAGUAACACCAAAGGAGUUUCAAGUGGUCUUUUAGUGAUAAAGGUUUCGGUUAUUUAA